AUGCCUAAUGGUUCAAAUCACAAUGGUCCUGGUCUAGAACAGCAGUUUGCUGGGCUGGACUUGAAUGGGCAGCAAGGAUUUGGUAAAACUUUUGUGUGUGGUAGUCGGUACGUCCCUCCACAACUUCGGGGUAUGCCAAAUCUGAGCCAGCCACCUCCAGGGCACCCUAUUGUGCCAAUGCUCUUUCAAGGAAAUGAGAGAGGAGGUUAUGACAGGGGGAAUUACAACAGUGACAGAGGAGGCACCUACAGUGACCGUGGAAACUAUGCUGGCGACAGAGGAGGAGGCUACAGUGAUCGAGGUGGAUUCAGUAACCGUGGAGGAGGUGGUGGAAUAAAAAGUGGGUUUGAUCGGGGUGGAUUCAGUAAUCGUGGUGGCUACGAUCGCCGAGGUGGUGGAGGGAACCAAGGUGGCUAUGGUCGAGGUGGCGGUGGUGUUGGAAGUUUUCAGCAGCAACAGUACAAUGACAGGGGUAAUGACCGUUGGAACAAACCGGCCAACAUGCAGCAGAUGCCACCUGGUGGAAACAGAUGGGACGCUCUGCUUGAGGAUCGAGACCGUGAGCGUCGAAUGGGUGGACAAGGCUACAAUCGUUGGGACAACCGUAUUGACAACAACGGUGAUGAAGUUCGGGGUGAAGACUGGUCCAUACCCCUACCAAAAAAUGAAAGACUGGAAAAUGAGUUGUUUGAAGGUGGAAACACAGGCAUCAACUUUGACAAGUAUGAAGAUAUCCCUGUUGAAGCCAGCGGAGACAACUGUCCAAAGAACAUUGAAAGUGUAAGUCACAGGAUUUCUGUG